UUACCUGUCCGGCCCCUUUCUUCUUCUUCUUCUUCGUCCAGUGAAAGUCGGACGGAGGAAGUGAACGCGCUCCUGGUCGGAGAGAGACAGCGGACGGACACACCGGCAACGACAAGCCGCAACUUGCAGAUUCCCGCCCCGGCCCAGUCUGCGCUCCACUCCGCAAGUUUCUCGAGUCGAUCCGAGAAGGAAUAACCGAGCUCGCUCCGACACCCGCCAACUCCCCACGCCGCAGAAACAACGCGGCGCAGUGGUGGAUAUUAAGGUCCAGCUCGUGUUCCGCGCGGAAGAAUGGCGAGAGAUCACGCAGCGCGCCGCCCGGUCCCUCCGGGGAGGAACGCUUGGCUGACGGUGGCGAUCUUCCUCGCGGUCCAAGGAACCGGAGCUCAGAAAGUGCGAGUAGAGGACGAGCUGGAGGCGUAUCCCACUGAGUCUGUUGAUCUCCGCUGUGAAUUCAUCGAUAGAGGAGGCCGAACCAAACUCACACAGGUGUCCUGGAUAUGGGAACCCGUCGAUGGUCAACGGGACAACAUCGCCGUAUACCACCCGAUGUACGGACAGAGCUUCCCCAAUGGCUUGUUCAAAGACCGCGUGGUCUUCCUACAUAACAACCUUGAGAACCCGUCCAUAAGGAUCUCUGAGCUAAAGAUGUCGGACGCCGGCCGGUACACCUGCGAGUACGCCACCUACCCUUCUGGGAACGAACAGGGCACGACCAGCCUCGUCAUGCUGGCCAAGCCUAAGAACUCUGCAAACGCCGUGACCGUCCAGGCCGGCCCCCAGUCCGUGGUGGUGGCCCAGUGCGAAGCGGCAGACGGCAAACCAGCAGCCACCAUCAAGUGGACGUCUUCACUCGGAGGGAACCACACAACCAGCACCACCAACGGGCCGGACGGCACGGUGACGGUACGCAGCGAGUACCGGCUGGUCCCCACGCCGGCGGAUAACGGCAGGGAGGUGACCUGCACGGUGGAGCAGAGGACGCACCAGCGGCCGUGGGUUUCCGCUGUCAAGCUUUCGGUGGAGUACCCCCCGUCCGUGUCCAUAGAGGGCUACGACAACAACUGGUACGUGGGCCGCUCGGACGUCGUGCUGGUCUGCAAGGUCGACGGCAACCCCCCGCCCACCGACGUCACCUGGACCGCGGUCUCCGGGGCUCUGCCGGACACGGUGGUGGUGAGCGGCAACAAGUUGACGGUGAGGAAGGUGGACGACGCCGUCAACACCACUUUCAUCUGCGGGGUCAAGAACAUGCGCGGCGCCAGCCAGCACCAGAUCACCACCUACGUCAUCGAUACGGAGCGGCGGAUGACUCCGGGCCCGUCGUCAGGCGCCGUCAUCGGAGGGAUCCUCGGCACACUCGCCGCCAUCGGCAUCACCGUCGCCAUCGUCUUCUACAUCCGCAAGUGCCGGGAGGACGGCGAGGCGCCCCCCAAGCACAAGCCCCCUCCCCCUGUCAAGGCAGGCAGCACAACAGAGAUGCUGAACAAGCCAUCGGAGCCUCCCAUGCCCACAGAGACGGCCCCUCUCAGCCCUGGAGAGGUUUACUACGAGCCCACGGGGGGAGAGCCUGUCACGAACCUGGAUGAGGAGACCAGUGGAGCCCUGAAUGGCGGCGCCCCCCCAGUCCUGCAUGACCCGGUCGGAUACGACAGCGUAAACGAAGUCGCCGCCGAUGGUCAACGCGGCAACAACUUGGAUUCGUCCUACCACGAGCAACCGGCUGCCAACAUCUCCCGUGGCGAGAGCUUUGUAUCUCCCGCCAUGUACGUGUAGCCUUGGCAACCACGGCCACCGCAUUCGCCGCCAUACAGGCACAUUCCAGGUCCCCUAAAUUUGCAUGAAAGGCAAAAGGCAAGCACACUUGUUUCCACACUAAAAGGUUUAAACCCACACACGAUGACAUCCUUCACCAGGCCCAUUUAUUGGGUGUUUUUUGGGACAAAAUGUUUAUCCAUCUCCCCAUGAACACACAGUGAGAAGCAGUGUUUUCAUUUCUCACCACGUGAAAAAUGAAAGUGACUGCUGACAAACAGUAAUGUAAGCAAGGGUAAAAUGUUUUAUUUGUGUUCAUAUCUAUAACUCUUGCAUGCAACUCUGUGCAUACUGUGGUGCUGGAUCCUUCUCAUCAACCAACUCGGGGGGAUUGGAGAUCCCGACAAUCAUCAUUAGAUUUUAAAUACCUGAUACCUGAAAAGUAAAACAUAAAGCACAGUUUUCAAAGCGGUUUGGACAGACACACACAGCAGCGAUGAUAACUGAGAUCACAUGUUCAUUGCGUAUAAGGAGGAGGGAUUUUACAAUAUGUUAAUUACAGGGUUGAGAGGUGUUGCAACACUCCCCUCAGCUAAAUAACCACCAGUGGGCCUGUGGGAUGCAUGCUAAUCUAAAUUUCAGCCAAAUAAUAAACUAGCGAGACAACGGCGUUUCAGUGUGAAAUAUAAUAUGCAGCAUUUUUUUCCAUCUCACAUCCCAAAAUGAGUGUUUUAUUUGAAGAUACCACCCGUGGGCUUUUCUGUUUACAGGUGUGGAAAAUGAUUUGAACAUCUCUAUUUAAGGAUUAAACAUCAGGAUCCUCCUGCAGCCUUGCAAUACUGCGGAAGAAAAAAAAUUACCACCUUUGAAAUCUGUUUAAAGGACUCUUCUUCCACGGUUUGUUUGGUUUUAAUUACACACCCUCUGAAUACGGUCCCAGAAAGGCCGAGGUAUGUUGCCCUCCACGCAGCUUCAAUUAAUCACGCACCAUCUUUGAAAGUAUUUCAGUCCUUUAUCAACUCAAACAAUAGCUCUAGAAAGAAAAUGCAACCUUUUGCUUUUAUUUUCCAGGCUACAGUCGCGUAAAGAAACAUUCCGCUUUAUUAUGUCGUCAAAAAAAGGAAUGUUUUUCCCCGGAGCGACCGGUUGCUCGUUAGCACUAAUGAAGGGGAAGUGACAUUGUUCUGAAGCGCCGUAACCUGGCAACAUUACAUGAUUAAGAUUCCACGACUCAUAAUUGCAAGAGUGUGUGGCUGUGUGUGUUGGGGGGAUGAAACCCGGUUUACAGCAGGGCGCACACACACAAACCACAGGGCUAAAAACAAGCCCGUUUUCAGUCCUCCUAGAAUAAAUUCCAUUAAUAAGGGUGAGAAAACAUCAUGAGGAUUGUAUUUUCAGAGUGUGAAAAUGCUCGGCGCGUAUCAGAAGAAUACUGCCAUUACAGCCAUUUUAUCUAAUUAAAAUGGUCACAUGCUCUGAUAUAUGCACAACAUUUUACAUGUGGAAAAUAUGCGUUCUGCGUUUUUAAUUUUCAAGAAAGAACCACAGGGCAAGAAACAACUAUGCCUGACUGAAUCCAAAUCUCAUAGAUGUCAGAUGGUACCAAAUGAUCAACAACCAGUGUAAAUAGUACUGAUGAUAUUGAUGAAUAAUAUAUUGUUGGUGAAUUGUGUACACAUAAAUAAUUUUACCAGUGUAGGUGUUAUCAGUGCCUCUGUACAGGGGAUGGAAGUUUGUUUAAUGUCACAUUGAGAGGUUAAAAAAAAACACAAAAAAACAAAGUGUAUAUUACUAUUUUAUUUUUCACGGGUAUAUUGAGGUUGUCACUUAAUGCGAAAAUGUUUUAUUUGAAUAUAUGAAAAAAAAAUGAAAUAGUGUGGAUUGUACUCCUGUUCAUAUAACUCUGCAUGGCAUGAUCGGUGGCUUGUUGAAACACUUUUCCCAACGCUGUUUGCAGAAAAAUGUUCUCCAUUCGUAAAAGCAUUUUGAAUGUCCAAAAAACGAACAAGAAUUAUGUUGUUGUUGUUUUUUUUAAUCUCUAUCUCAGUGCAUCUGUCACAUUCACGCAAACCACAAGCACAAGUCCAAUUUCAGUUGAGAGAACGGGAGGGUUUUUUUCUUGCGUGGCGGCUCGGCAGGGUUCCAUUUUUCCGUUUUUUAUGCAGUCAGCAUGGAAUCGUGGUUUCUUGCGGCGCUCAAAGUACAAACAACCCAGAGAGAGAAUUUUUCCUCUCUACUCUAAUCCUGAGCUCCUGCUGGAGGCCUUGAGGUAGAUACCUCGCAUCUGAGGUGUAAUAUUGACAGUCCAUAAUAAAAGAUGCUACUAACCAGAGCCUUUAAUCGACAUGUUAAUACUCCCAACCCGUCACGUACACACACUUAAUCCUUCAUUUAAUCCAAAAUUAAACUACAUCUAUGAAUAAUAUAGAGACGACUUACAAAAUCUACCGGAAUCACAGAGCUAUGCGUUAUGUCACUGCAUCCACUGACAAUGGACACCAUCUUUACCCAGAGCUAGCUGCUAUGUAGCAGCAUGACACCAUGUGGUCUAAGCUAGCAACGCUAAUUCAGCAACACUUGCUAACCUUUGGCCAACAAGCCAAAGACAGUAGACCAAAAGUCUUGUGUGCUGCUGUGAUGUAGCUCAGCCUCCUACACGCAAAAGAAGGCCCGGCUCAUUUUCAUCCACUCAAAAUGCAACGGCCUCUUUGUCUCUGCCUCCCUUAUCCCACUUACACACCUAUUCAUGAAUCAUUUUCCACCCAAUUUGCAAACACCUAUAAAACCUAAAAACUCAAUUUGUGAUUCUUUAUGACACAAUUUUGACACAUUUCCCUCAAAAUGGGAGUCUGAUUUAGAGUUUGUAUUGACGUAACAAUAUCAAGAUUCUUCUAUUGAUUUUUCAACACACACGUAUCUGUUCAUCUCUAACUCUCCCCCUGUGAAUUUACCUACUUAAAUUAAAAUAAAUGAAAAUCAACCAGGUGACUAAAACCGCAGACUUCUGGCUGAAAGCCCUGGAUUUUACUCCCCAACCUGGACUUUGUCACUCUUCAUACUGAUGCUGCGUUCAACCAAAAGCCAAGCGAAUUACUCGCGCGAGUAGAUUCCAUCCAAAGUCAACGCACUGAUGGGAAUGGUUGCGGUUGAAGCAAAUUUUCAACGGGCAGCGCAAAAGGCACGAAAGACACAAACAAGCGAAGCAAAUUUUGCCAAAGUUGAAAAAUUUCAAUCCCCUUACGGAGACAGGCCGCUGAGAUGAGCAAUGCCCCCUUUCAGGCACGAAUGAAGGCGAUUUAACUAUCACUAGUGAGUAAUCUCGCUCGACUAACAUGUGGAAAAAAAUUUGCUUCGCUUUUGGUGUGAAUGCAGCAUUCGUCAGCUGACUUUAUGUUUUUGUCCCAGUCUCGAUCACCUCGGACACCAGCCCUUUGACCCAGGGGAUUCCGCAUUGAAUGAGGUUCUCCAAAUCACCCUAAAAAGUUCAUUGUCAGGGGGCACUUACAUUGGAGAAUGGGAAACGGUUUGUUAAUACGGACAAACAGUCUUAAACAGUAGAAGCAAGUGGAAAAUAAACUAAAUUGGUCAAAUAUUAAAGCAAGAAAACAUUUUUCUCACCACAGCCUUCACAUUUUGCAGUUUUGCACAAAUUGCAAUAUUUUGUUUUUGGGACGUAUGACAAUCAUCUGUUAAUAUUCAAUUGUCGUAGUUAGCAUGCACCAUAAAAAUCGUAACUAACUGAAACGCUUCUAUACGUUUUCUGCAUCCUGAAAAGAAACAAAUUUGUCUCAUGCUAAUGUGUAUGUUAUGUUGUUGCUUUGACUGGUUCUCGUCUAUAAUGUUCACUGAAUCUGCAGUAUGAAUUUGGCACAGGUGCAGGGCUAAUAGAUACGAUAGCCACUGUAAACAAGGUACUCGUUGUGGUUAAAGGGAAUGUUUGCAUGGUGCAUGGACCAAUGGCAUCUAAGUCCCCAGUUGUGCGAGAUUCCAACCACCAUGACAAGUACAUGGCUUUCUGCCUGGCUUAAAUGGCGCAGUGUCGGACAAUCAGGUAUGAUGUGUUUCACAGAAAUAAAGAUGUCAUGAAGCAGAAUCAAAUGACAUAGACACUUUUUUUCAAAUGAAUUAUUAUUUAUUUUUUUGGUGCAUUGUUGGAUGCUGUGAUUAAGGAAAAAGGGAAAGACAUUAUUACACAGAAAUUGUUUAGUAUUUCAGUUUCAGCUCGUUCAGUUUUGCCCAGAACCUUCGCCAUCUAAUAGAGCUCCUUCAUUCGGAGGUAUCUGGAAUUACAAUCUAGACAUCACCGGGAGUGCUGUCAGCGAGCUGUCAACAAAAACGGAAAUUGCUCAGAGAUAUCGGUUUCAAGUCUGCUUACGGGCAGUACUGCUUGAGUCAUCACUUCUAAGAGGGUAGGAAGCGGGGAGAUCUAUGAUUUCAAAGUAGCUCUUACAUCGAGGGCCCCGUGUCCUUCUCGUCUGCACGAGCUGCAGGGCUGCAUUUCGGGGGCUUUGCUCCAUCCCCGCGUCCCCCGUUCCGGGUCCAAUGCCAGAAACACAAGCUGUCCCCAAUAACGAAUCUGUCCCUUCUCUCUUUGUUUUAACCCCCCCGCACACACACCUCACCGUUCUCUCCCUUUCAACCAUUGUCAUCACAGCUUCUCAUCACAGAGCCAGACGUGCCUUCUUUAUGUUAUUUUUAGCUUUUCAGUUUUCACUUCUCGUGCUGACAGAACAACAGAUCAUGAAGUGGGGAAGCACACAAUGGGUUAGACGUCGAUGAUGGCAAUGCUAGAAAAAAACAAACGCUCACACACUGGAGAUGUAAACAGAUUUUGUGUCUAUUGAUUUUCUUUCAUUUGUUUUGUUUUAUCGUAGGUGGAUUAUAAUUUUGUAUGCUUUAUGGGAACCCUAUUGUACAUGUUUUACAGAUCAUUGUCUUGUCAAAUAAAAUGUAAAAGCAGAAGCA